AUGGCCGGGGACAGACUUCCACGCAAAGUGAUGGAUCCAAAGAAGCUUGCCAGUCUUCUGAGGAGUGGGGCUGAAAGCACGUUGGUCAUUGACAGUCGCUCCUUUGUGGAGUACAACUCCUGGCAUGUCCUCAGCUCUGUCAACAUCUGCUGUUCCAAGCUGGUCAAGAGGAGGCUUCAGCAAGACAAAGUAUCCAUCACAGAGCUCAUCCAACCAGCCUCCAAUAUAAAGGUAGAGGCAGAAGAACACCAAGAUGUGGUAGUCUACGAUCAGAGCACACGGGAUGCAAAUGGACUGGCAGCUGACAGUUUCCUCUCAAUCCUCCUUGGAAAGCUGGAUAGCUGUUUCCACAAUGUCUCCAUCCUUACAGGGGGGUUUGCCACCUUCUCAUCUUGCUUCCCAGGACUCUGCGAAGGUAAACCUGCUGCCAUCCUACCAAUGAGCAUCUCUCAGCCGUGUUUGCCAGUGGCCAACAUUGGCCCAACGCGCAUCUUGCCUCAUCUCUAUCUGGGCUCCCAGAAAGAUGUCUUAAAUAAGGACCUGAUGACUCAGAAUGGGAUAAGCUAUGUCCUCAACGCCAGCAACUCUUGUCCCAAGCCAGAUUUCAUUUGUGACAGUCACUUCAUGCGCAUUCCUGUCAAUGACAAUUACUGUGAGAAGCUCCUUCCCUGGCUGGACAAAUCCAUCGAGUUCAUAGAUAAGGCCAAGGUUUCCAGCUGCCAGGUGAUAGUGCACUGCUUAGCAGGGAUCUCCAGAUCAGCCACCAUUGCCAUUGCGUACAUCAUGAAGACCAUGGGCAUGUCUUCAGAUGAUGCCUACAGGUUUGUCAAAGACAGACGUCCUUCCAUAUCACCCAACUUCAACUUCCUGGGCCAGCUUCUAGAGUAUGAGAGAAGCCUGAAGCUGCUCAAGGCCUUGAAGGCCCAAGGGGAGAAGAAUGAGGGAGACUCCCAGCAAGACCAAUCUGAAAUGCAGGAAGGCAGCAAACACUUGUCUACCUCAGAAAAGGCCGAGGAGGUAGUAAAAAGCACAAGUGUGGAAAUCUCCUCAGUUGACUCUGAGAAGCCAUCAGGAGUUUCCAAGGUUGUCUCACCUACAGUGCUACAGCAAGGACUCAAUGGGCUGCACUUGUCUUCUGAGCGUAUCCAAGACACCAACCGGCUGAAGCGUUCCUUCUCCUUAGAUAUUAAGUCAGCCUACUCCCCUAGCCAAAGGCAAGAAGCCCAAGAAUCCACAGAAGUAGGAGAAACCCCCAAGCUUUGUAAGCUUGACAGCCCAUCAGGCCCUAAUGGUACAUGCCAAUUCUCUCCUGUUCCAGACAGUCCCGACUGGCCUAGUGGGCCUGACUUCCUUCUAGAGGCCAAAGUACGACAGAGGAGGAAGCACCGGCACCAGGCAGGCUCCCCUGCCCAUGGACUGAGCCUUAAUUUCAGCGGAGUAUGUGCCAUGCAUAAAAGCACCAGCAUGGAGGACAGCCUCAAGCAGACACUUCGGUUGAGCCUUCCCACUGUGGGGCAGCAGCUGACACAGCCAGUCACCACCCCAACCUCUGCUGGCACUUGGGGGAUGCACUUGGAGUCCCCUAGCACUCCUUCAUCAGAGAAUCCCUGGUACUUCAGCACUGACUCAGCAUCAGGCAGCAAGGGCAGCGGGAGCGGGACUCUGUUUGCCAGUGCCACCACCUACUCUUCGUUCAGCUGCAGCACAAUCCAGGCAAGCUGUGAGAUCAGACUGAGGGACAAGCAGCGAGGGGAGCAACGGGAUGUGCGGCACAGCUGGCAUGAGGACAGCACGGCCGAAAAGCAAUUCAAGAGGAGGAGCUGUCAGAUGGAGUUUGAAGAGACCUUGUCAGAGAGCAGGUCUCGAGAAGACCUGGGCAAAAUCAGCAAACAGUCUAGCUUUUCAGGCAGCAUGGAAAUCAUAGAGGUGUCCUGAUGGUCACCAUGUGAA